ACUCUCACUGCCUGAGCCCGGCGUUGACGGCCACCACUCCUCUCCACCGCUCAGCACACUUUGCCGUUUUUGUUUUUGAGUGGUUGCUGCAAGAAAAAAACUCGGUUUGAUUUUGCAAACCCAGUCCACGUCCACGCACGUCUUUGAAAACAAUCACUGACUUACCUUCCAAAGCUUCUUUGCAAACAUGUCUGGAGAAGACGCACCUGUUCAGGAGCAGAACGCCGUGGAUCAGAAGCAGGACUCCAAACCCACCGAGGAGCCCAAGACCGAGUCGGAGCCCGCGGCCGCCGUAGCUACCGACGCGUCGGCGGCUGCAGCGGACGCAGCUCCCCCGGCGUCGGCGACCACCGAGAAGGUCCCGGAGGAAGAGGCGUUCACGUACCGCGCCCUGGUGCUCACCGGCUACGGCGGCUACGACAAAGUCAAGCUGCAAGUGAAGAAGGGCAAGCCGUCCCUGAAGGCGGCCGAGGUCCAGGUGCGAGUCAAGGCGUGCGGGCUCAACUUCGCCGACCUGAUGGCGCGCCAGGGGCUUUACGACCGGCUGCCGUCCCCGCCGGUCAGCCCGGGCAUGGAGUGCUCCGGGUUGGUGGAGGCUGUCGGGGAGGAGGUGACGGACAGAAAGGUGGGCGACAAGGUGAUGGUGCUGAGUCGCUUCGGCCUGUGGCAGGAUGUGGUGGCAGUGCCGGCCAACCACACCUUCCUCAUGCCGGAGGGCAUGAGCUUUGAGGAGGCCGCCGCCCUGCCGGUCAACUACAUCACCGCUUACAUGAUGCUGUUUGACUUCGGUCACCUGCGACCCAACCAGAGCGUCCUCAUCCACUCGGCUGCAGGUGGCGUGGGCACAGCGGCUACGCAACUGUGCAAGACGGUGAAGGACGUCACCGUGUUCGGCACGGCAUCGGCCAGCAAGCACGAGGCCAUCGGCCAAGCCGGCGUCACGCAUCCUAUUGACUACCGCACCAAGGACUACGUCGAGGAAGUCCGCAAGAUCACUCCUAAAGGACUGGACAUUGUACUGGAUCCUCUUGGAGGAUCGGACACCCACAAGGCCUACAACCUGCUUAAACCAAUGGGCAAACUCAUCACCUAUGGUGCCGCUAACAUGCUGGCGGGCCAGAAGAAGAAUUUGCUGGCCGUGGCCAAGAAUUGGUACCACCAGUUCUCCAUCCACACGCUCAGCCUGAUCCAGAGCAACAAGUCGGUGUGCGGCUUCCACCUGGGCUACCUGGACGGUGAGACAGAGCUGCUCACCCAGGCCAUGAACGCCAUCCUGGACCUCUACAAGGAGGGCAAGGUCAAGCCCCGCAUUGACUCCACCUGGCACCUGGAGCAGGUAGGCGACGCCAUGCGCAAGAUGCAGGAAAGGAACAACAUUGGCAAGGUGGUCCUAACCACAGAGCCCAUGCCUGAGGAGGAGAAGAAGGAGGAGGCGCCGGCGGACAAGAAGAAGGAUGACAAGAAGAAGGACGACAAGAAGAAAGAUGACAAGAAGAAGGACGACGGCAAGAAAGAGGAGAAGAAGGAUGACAAGAAGAAGGAAGAGCCCAAGAAGGAGGAGGAGGAGAAGAAGGAGGAGGCCAAGAAGGAGGACAAGUGAAGGGGGGGAUGGAGAUUGAUAGGUUGGAGCUGGUGGUGGGAGUGGGUUGGGAGGAUGGCGAUUACACCACCUCCUCCAAUGAUUACUCCUUCCUGACCAAUAAAUAAUAAAAAAAAAAAAAUCACCUCUUCGCGUAGUGAUUUUUUUUUUUCAACCCCCCUCCCCCGUGAAUCGGCCCUCUCCCCACCAUAGCCACUACUUCCCACUGUGCUAAAUUGUUGUUACCUGCUCCCCCCCCCCACCCCCCGUUUUACUGUCAUCAACCUCGCCCACAGACAAGCACAAAGACGACCAAGACGAACCACAACCACCCUCCCUCCCGUUAUGUCACUCAGAGGAGUCACCGAGCCCUGUGAUUGGCCGACGGUCAGACAGCAUCAACAGGUAUCCUCUGCUAAUUAGAAAGAGCUUCACAGUUAAUAAUAGUCCCCACAUAAAGAGCCUCUCUGUGUGUAAGAUGAAUCAGGGAGUGGGAAGAAGAGGGGCACGGGGGUCUUUUUUUUUCAACUGGUGAUGGCCACAAGCUGAAAGAAGCACUGUCACGCCGAGGCCUCCCUCUCGCUCCUUUUUAGCAAGGCCUGUCCGUAACCUCAAUUCUAACCAAAAGGGUGGGGGUUCUAGUACAAGCCGCCAACCCCCUCUCCUCCCCGUUCCCUCACCGCAGUCGGCAUAGCAACAGGCGUCAGGCUUGUCAAGAGAUGCCACUCCCCCCCCCCCCCCCACCACGUAUCCCUUCCAUGUGUGCCAACAAUGUACCCCCCUCACUCCCAAAUUCCUCUUUUCUCCAACUAUUUUAGGGGAUGACACUGAAAAGACGUGGGGCCUUCCUCAAAAAAAAAAAAAAAAUCUCAGAAUAAAGCCUUACUAGUAUUGACAAGUGACUGGGCGGAAGUUGUGGGUAAAUAAAGUGCACGGCGCCGCCUAGUGGUCGUAAGGAAACAUUUUCCUUACGAGCUCUGUGUCAUAUGUAUGUGGGUAUUUUUAAAAAGAACGUUUUAAAACUUCGUUUUUUGACUAUACGACUAUUAUAAACAACUUUCGAAAAUCGCAUAAACAUAAGGAAGCUUUGCAGGAUGUGACAAGCUGAUUUCAUGAGUGCAUUCACGCGAUAGAUAUCACUUCCAUCACUUAAAUUUUGAGCGCAGUCAAAAUCAUGAAAUUGGGCAAACAUUUUUUAGAGGGUCUCGAUGUCACUUAGUACUGCCCCUGGAAAGUUGGGGGAAAAAAUGAGCCACUGACACCAGCUUCACUGACGGACACAAAUUUUGGUGGGCACUUGCGCAAUACAAAUGACUUUGUUUCGAGUUACUAGAUCGCCUUUUGAGAGUUUUAAUCAACUCAGAAACUCACCAAAUUCUGCAAAAGAUUUUGUUUUAGGGGUCCCAAACACGACCCCCCCCCCCCACCACCAAAAGUCAAAAAAAUACAAAAUACAAAAAUAUGAGUUAUCUAGUUAUUAGUUCUACUAGUUGACACAAAAUUGGGUGGAUACGUCUAUCAUACCAGAAUGCAGAAAAAAUCUACAAGACCCAUGCCCGAAAUUGAACAGGAAGUUGGCCGUCUUGGUUUGACGCAGCCAUGUUGGGUGAAUUCCAAGGACUCGUACUUUGAUGAACUACUAGGGAAUUAGUUCAAAUGAACCUCAAUUGGAAGAAGGUAUCCUAGACAAAUGGGCGACGCUAAAUUGUGAAGCUUUUUCUCUGUCUAAUGUGAGUGGAGUGUUGCGCCAAAGUUUGAUGAUCAUUUGAGGAGUCGCCACGAAAACGGGCGAAUGUGGGCCUGGUCAUACAAUUUGUUAACCUUACAUUAGGGCAUUUGACUACAUUCCCCUGAUGGAUUAUGGGGAGGGCUAAUGAUCAAUGAAUCGAUUGUUAUGAGAUGGUUGGAUUUGCCCCCCCCCCCCCCCCCCCCCCCCCGAAUGUUAUGAACUUCUGAUUCCAUGCCAGUGUCAUUGUCUUAUUGAGUGGGCGGAUGUAACACAACUUCCCAGAGUUGAUGUAAUUUUGACUCGAUCUUUUCAAGACGCGAUAAUAAUUAAUUCCACGCAAUCCACUUAAUUAUUAUCCUCUUUUUAUUCAUUGUUGUUUUAGUGCCUUUUUCUGGCUACAAC